AUGCUCACCCGGGUUGUCCUCGUCCUCGGUCUUGCGAGCGCCGCACUCGGCCAAAUCACGCUGACGCCGAGCACGGUCCGCACUGGCUGCCCCAUCAUCCUGACGGUGACCGAGACGGAGACGGAGACGGAGACGGAGACGGAGACGGUAACCUCGACGGUGACGACGACCGAAAGCUACAUCGAGCAGGACACGGUGACAUCGACCGUGAUUAGCACCAGCGUGCAGACGAGCGUGCAGACGAGCGUGCAGACGAGCGUGCAGACGAGCGUGCAGACGAGCGUCAGCACGACGACCGCUACCACCACGGCGACGACCACGGCCACGACCACGCGCACCGACGUCCACACGACGACCUUCACCAAGCCCUGCAGCAGCAGCGUCAGCUGCCCGACGCUCACGCGCACGGCGACGGCGUGCAAGACGUGCUUCCUGCCCGGGUGCGCGACCACGUCGGUGGUGACGCGGCCGUGCGGCUGCACCGGCGCCCUGCCCACCGCCACCGUCUCGUUCCCGUGCAGCGACCCCAACGCGUGCAACAAGAUCGGUUGCACCACCGUGUACGACGUGCAGACGGCGGCUUGCUAG